AUGAGAUCAAAAACACUUAUACUAGAUUUGGAUGAAACGUUAAUACAUUCUACAUCAAGGGGUUCAAGAUCAGAUACACACAUGAUUGAAGUCAUGGUAGAUAAUCAUGCUUGUUUAUAUUACGUUUAUAAAAGGCCAUAUGUGGAUUAUUUUUUGAAAAAAGUUAGUGAAUGGUAUAAAGUUGUUAUUUUCACAGCUUCUAUGCCUGAAUAUGCUGAUCCAGUUAUCGAUUGGUUAGAUCCUAAUAAAGACUUAAUAUCGGAUCGAUAUUUUCGUCAAGUAUGA